AUGCGUGGAGGUCAAAAGAAUAUAUGCUUUUUUGCGUUUAUGACAAUACUACCAGAAAAACCACGAAGGUUAAGUCAUUGCGUAGGGUGCGGUGGUCAAAUUCACGAUCAGUACAUCCUACGUGUGGCCCCCGACCUCGAAUGGCACGCAGCAUGUCUAAGGUGUCAAGAAUGUCAGCAGUUUCUUGACGAGUCCUGCACGUGUUUCGUAAGAGAUGGAAAGACGUAUUGCAAAAGAGAUUACGUUAGGUUAUUUGGUACAAAGUGCGACAAGUGCGGUUCCUCGUUUAGUAAAAAUGACUUUGUGAUGCGUGCGAAAAGUAAAAUAUAUCACAUAGAGUGCUUUCGGUGUUCGGCGUGUGCGCGACAGCUUGUGCCGGGCGACGAGUUUGCACUUAGAGAUGGCGGAGCCCUGUAUUGUAAAGAAGACCACGACGUCAUGGAAAAGACGUCGGCGCCGUCGACGCCACAUCCGGGAACAGAAAGUAACAAUAACACAAGCCUUAGUAAUAACAACCAUAGUAGUACAAGCACGGAAUUGGGAUGCAUGUCCGAUUCUGGCUCGGAAAGUGGUUCACACAAGGGAGGAGGACCUAGAAAAGCAAAUAGCGGCAGUGACGGUAAACCGACAAGGGUGCGAACUGUACUAAACGAAAAACAAUUACACACGCUACGAACUUGUUACGCGGCCAACCCUCGACCGGACGCCCUUAUGAAAGAACAAUUAGUCGAAAUGACCGGGCUUUCGCCGCGCGUAAUACGGGUCUGGUUUCAAAAUAAGCGAUGCAAGGAUAAGAAAAAAACGAUACUGAUGAAGCAGCAAAUGCAACAAGAAAAGGAUGGGCGGAAACUCGGAUACGGAGCCAUGCAGGGAAUUCCAAUGGUAGCUUCUUCGCCAGUCCGCCACGAUUCCCCGAUAGGAGUCCAUCCCUUAGAAGUACAAGCCUACCAGCCACCUUGGAAAGCGUUAUCCGAUUUCGCUUUACACAGCGAUCUCGAGCAGCCUCCACACGCACCAGGUUUCCAACAACUUGUAAAUCAAAUGCACGGUUACGAUUUACCACCACCGUCCAUGGGGCCAACGCCGCCAGGUCCACCGAUGCCUUUAUCGGCGCCGCCUUCAGAUGGAAUGACACAUCCAGACAGCACAGACAGUUAUGUGACGUAUCUAGAAAGUGACGACAGUUUACCGGCCAGUCCUUAACCCGAAUGUUGGCUUACUUAUGUUCUCACCUCACGGCUCGCCUUUGCCUAUAUUUAUUAUUAUCUACCUACUCCGAUAUGUUGUGCAAUAUUUAUAAUUUAUAGCAGUUGCAAUUUGGUUUUAGAAAAUUGGGUUUAAUUUUCCUUUAAAGUGGGAUUUUUAUUUGUUACUAUAGAAAGGGUCACUAUUUUAUUAGGAUAAUUAUACUGAAAAUAUAGCAAAGGUCUUGUGUAAUAAGUAAUGUCAUUUGUAUCUAUUGUAAUAUGUUAUUGUAUAAUCUGUUAUGAAAUAAAUUUAACUUAGUAUUUUUCAUAGGUGUUAAAAUUUGAAAAAUAAUUGAGACCAUCAUUACCUACAUCAUGUCUAUUGUUUAGUAUUUUUGGAGGGCCUCUCAAGGUAUUACAGUUAAUUCCUUUGUAAAAACAUUGUAUUUGAUAAACCGU